GCCAACACAUGCUUUGAGGUAGCUCGCCCUUUUUUUUACUUCAAAUGUUGUAGCUAAGGCCGAAAAUCUGUUCAUAGCAUCGCGAACCGUUUUAAUUAGUAAGUCAUUGCAAAACCUUGAUGGAGUCACAGUGAUUUAUAAAUACCUACUUCUGUGCACAUAAUUUUCCAUUUCCUUCCUUGCACAAUAACAGAAGUCUUCUACCGGAAUGCCAGCAAUAAGAACCGUGAUAAUGCGCAACACGAUCCACAGUCUAUUAAGAAAGUAUUGCUGCUUUUCGCUUUCAUUUUCCCGUCUUUUCCGAAAGAAUGAUACGAUUCAACCUCAAAAAGACGUGUCAUACUUAAUGAACCUCCCUGUCGAGAUAAUCUAUCUCGUCUUCGAACAUCUUCUGAAUGUCGAUGCGGUAUGCUUUGCUUUAACCUGCAAAGCUACGUUUUCUAUAUUACAUAGAAAUGUAAUGCAACUCGACUCACAAGCGAAAGAGAUACUUCUAAUAAGACUAGAGAAAGAGGUUCUAGGGCUAAUAUAUUGCCCUUUUUUAAACAAACUAUUGCCCUUCGACAACAACGGCCAAAUACCCUUUGAUCCAAGCAUCGAACAUGGCCGAUUCUUAUAUUUAUGGCCAAUGACUCGUGGGAACAACUGGGGAAUAAUAACUUAUGAACGAAUCCGGCUUGUUCGAAACUACCGACUGUUUGGCCCUGGACAUGGCGUUCCCCUGUCGUUUCUAUCUUACAAGGGAGAGGGACGUAUAAGGUCGAUACGAUUCAUGCAACGGCAGUGCGAAACGUAUACCGAGCGUUCGCGGAUAGCCAAGUGGGUUGGUGAAGAGCUUUUUUUAUCAUGUACAGAAACGAUUUAUUUAAAUCAACUAGAGAAAGUACCGGUUACCAUUACGGCCUUAUGGGACUUUAUUGCCAGGGCAGGUACUAAUAUAUGCCGUCAUUGCAUCAUUAAUUCCUGUAACGAAUCAUUAUACCACAAUCCCGUAAAUGCGGACAUUCUUCAGAUUCAUACAAAACUAUCCGAGAAUUCUGCUUACAAGAGUACGGGAUCUUGCGAUUUUUGCGAGACUGACUGGGACGUUUCAAUUUCGUGGAACGAUUCUAUGAGCGGCUUGGUUAUUGCGUAUAUAACAUACCAGGAUCUGGGUACUUGCUCGUUCCCUCCUGAUACGACAUGGCAGAUGAUGGCUAGCUCCGCUGUGGACUUUUAUCUACUCAAAAGUGAAGGACGAAAAGGACGAAAGGGGCUUUGUGGUGACAUAAAGCGUCGGUGGAUAGAGGCAAUUUGAGACUUAUUUGCACACACAUUUUGUGAGGAUUCUAGAUGAGACAUUUACAACAAAGUAUGGGUUCAGUAUCUAUAGCCACGGG